AUGGAAUACUCUCGAAGAACUCCAAGUCCAUUUACAUCAGCUCUUAAAUCACGACAAGUGCAUAGAUUAAUUAAAUUCUCAAUAGUGACAUUUUUGGUACUUAAUAUUAUCUAUUUCACAUUCAUUCCCAAACAAAAUUAUAGUAGCAGCAAUCGUCAUCAUCUUCAAACAAUCUCACCUGAUGCAGCUGUCAUCGCCGAAGAGAAUAAUGCCAUUGUUCAACAUCCACAGCAAGGAGGAAGAGGUGGAUCUAAUGGAGGGUCCUUCCAUAAUCCUUCAUCUACUUUCGAAGCAUUAGUACAAAAUAAAUUUGAAAAAAUUAAACAAGAUCCUGAUCGGUAUCAUAUGGCAAAUACAGACUUAACCGAAGUUGAAAUUCCAUUUAAUUAUAAACCAUUUAGUAAAAAAUAUGAAGAUGAAAAUAGUUGGGCUAAAAAGGAUAUAUUAUUUUAUGAUCCAAGAUUUACUUUGUCAAUGUAUUUAAAUGAACUUAAAUUACGAAACUUAGUUAAGAAAGGAAAAGAUGGUCCAUUGAUAUUACCUUUCAAUUGGGUUGAUUGGAUGGAUUUAACUAUUUUGAAUAAAGAUUUAUCAUAUCCUUUAGUUGGAAGAACUAAUUGUAAUGAUAUUCGUCAAGUAACUAACAAUGAUCCCGAUCCAAGUUAUUUUUGUAUGGAUAAUCAUGAAUUCCCCAUGGAAAAAAUUGAAAAAUUGGGAUAUACCAGGAGUCAAUUACCCGGGUUUAUAAUCCAUGAUCAUUCAACUCAUGAUGAUAGACCAUUGAAUGAUUAUCGAAUCUUAGAAGCUAGAUCGUAUGCCAUGACCCAUUUAAGAAAACCUUUGAAAGUGGUUAUAUUGAAUGGAGAUCAAGGGACUUUUGAAUUUGAAGUUGAUCAAGGCUCAAAUCAACGAUUGGCCGGUUCUGACAUUGUUGAUAAUUUCAUUAAAUCUAAUAAAUUAACCGAGACGGAAUUGACUCAUUCAAAACUUAAUCAUUUACAGGUUUGGCAAGAUUUAAAAACCAACGUGCCUUCACAGGUUUUAACACCUGAUGAUCCGGGAUAUAGAAUGUAUUCCAAGAUUCAUCAUCUUGAUUCCACCCAUGAUCAUCAAUUUCAUCAAGAUUCAAGAAUCUCCCGUGAAUUACCAUUAACCCAACAAAUGUUUUCCCAUCCCCCCUCGAUCGAAUCCCAAAUCGCCGAACUUGACGAGAAACGAGCUCAAAAUGGUGGCAAACUCUCUCAUAAAGAACAAAUCUAUUAUGAAAGUCUAGUCGACUGUCUCCAAUAUCCUGAUGAAUCUCCCUCUGACGAAUUUCGUUAUUUCAGAAUGGCAAUCAUUCGAAUGGACGAUGAGCGAAAUGUGGGCCAAGAAUGGGGAUGGCAUUAUGAUUGGCGUUUUUUCAAUGGAGCAUUAGAAUAUGCUCGUGAGGGUUGGAAUCAACAAGAAUUAACUCAUAGGACCAACAUCAUCUUAGAUCGUUUAUUAAGAUCCUGGAAUCGCUUUGCCGAACAAAAGGGGAUCAUAAGUUGGAUCAUGCAUGGUCCUUUGUUGAGUUGGUAUUGGGAUGGAUUGAUGUUUCCGUUUGAUAAUGAUAUUGAUAUCCAGAUGCCGGUGAUGGAGUUGGUGAGAUUGGCGAAGGAAUAUAAUCAGACUCUUAUUGUGGAGGAUCCGAGUGAAGGAUAUGGCAAGUAUUUGAUUGAUGUGAAUCCGUAUAUGCAUCAUCGGGGGAUAAGUAAGGAGUCGAAUCAUAUUGAUGCGAGGGUAGUGGAUGUUGAUUCGGGAAUAUAUAUUGAUAUAACGGCUUUGAGUAAACUGAAGGCGAAUCUUCCUGAGGAAUAUUAUGAGAAUGGAUUGGUUGAUUUGAUGAAGAAUGAUGAGGAUGAUCAGGUGGAGAUAUAUAAUGAUAGAAGAAAACAUUUUUAUAAAUUUGAACAAUUAAGUCCAUUGAGAUAUAGUAUGUUACAGGGUGUGCCGGUGUUUAUUCCAAGUACGAUUACUCAUAGAUUGAUUUUUGAAUAUAGUGAAGGGUUAGAUAGUUAUGAGUAUAACGGAUGGUAUUUUAUUAAGAAAUUGAAUUUAUGGAUUAAACAAGAUCAUUUGGUUAUGAUUUUUAAUACUUAUCAAAUUAAAAAUCAGGAUGGAAAUGUUGAUCGUGAUAAAUUAUUAGCUAAAGUAUCGAGAAUUACUGAUGAUGAAGUAUUGAAAUUAUUGGAUAUUGAUGAUAUAUUGGUGGAAUAUUAUUUAACUAAAGAAUUAACUGAUUUCCAUGCUCAAGAAAUGAAAUAUUUAUUUGAUGCAAUUGGUAGAGAUAAUUUAAAAUUGGGUAAAGAUCCUAGAUUGACUAAAGAAUAUAAUGAUUUGACAAAAGGGUUAAAGAUGAGAAAACCAUUAAGAAAAGCCUUGUAUGAUUAUGAAAAUAUUGAAAGAUUGAAAUAUCAUAAUUGGAAACCAAAACAACUGAAACAAAAACAAAAACAAUCUCAACCUAGAGAAGACGACGUUAAGUUGGAAAUAGACAAUAAGACAGGAGAACAGCCAGUUGGACAACCUCAACAACAACAAGAGGAACAACCUCAACAACAAGAGGAACAACCUCCACAACAACAAGAGGAACAACCUCAGCAACUAGAGGAACAACCUCAACAACAGCAAGAGGAGCAACCAGUAAAAGCUCAAGGUUAA